AUGGGAAGCAUUAGUUUUCUAGUCAUGCAUUCUGGAAGGUGGAACGAGGAUAAUUGCUACGUUGAUUUCAAUAUAGAAGCAAUUGUGAUAAAAGAAUAUGCGACAUUUAGGGAAUUAUUGGAUGUUGUUUCUAAGCAAAUUUGUGUUGAUUUGAGCUUCAACAGUGUGAAACUUAGGUAUAAAAUAGAGGGUAGUAAUGCACCUUUGGAAAUACACAACGACAUGGGUGUGAGGGUGUACGUGUCUUUGAAGAAAGAUAACAAGGAAUUGGCAAAGUAUCCUCUAUGUGUAUCCGUAUUUGUGAAUGAUUGUGAAUUGGCUAAGAGAAAUAUUUUGGAAGAUGGAUUUGGAAUGUGUGGAAUAGAUGGAGAAGAUAUAGUUGAUACACAAGCAUUAGUGCUUAGUGUGCCGAACAAUAACGAUUACAUGAAUUGCGACAUUAUUACAAACACCAAACAUAAGGUAGUAUUGGAAGAUCAAGUUUAUAAGGACAAGAAAACUUUAAAAUCUGUGAUGACGCAAUACGCAAUUGAGCAUAGAUUCCAAUGGAGAACAGAUAGAUUAAGUCAAACAUGUUAUACACUUGUUUGUGUGUGUGAGAAAUGUGGAUGGAUGUUGAAGUUGUCAAGUAUCAAUAAAUCUGGAAUGUUUAGAAUUAGAAAAUUCGUAGAUGAGCACACAUGUCCAUUGAAAGAUAAGGUGUAUGAUCAUCGACAGGCAACAAGCAAUCUUAUUGGAGUUAUGAUUGAACCCAAAUUAGUUGAUCAUAAAAGGAAGUUAACGCCAAAGGAUAUACAACAAGAUGUCGGCCUUGCACUUGGAGUAGAUGUAUCGUACGCAGUGGCAUGGAAGGCUAAGGAAAAGGCUGUAAUUUCUUUAAGGGGGACACCAUCUGGAUCUUAUAGUAAAUUGCCGAGCUACUUAUACAUAUUGGACACUACCUACCCUGGAUCACAUAUAAGAAUGAAGAAAACCGAUGAAAAUCAGUUUUUGUAUCUUUAUAUUUCUCUCUUCCCGUUCAUAAAAGGUUUUGAAUGUUGUAGACCAAUUGUCGUAGUUGAUGGCAGCCAUCUCAGGGGGACGUAUAAUGGUACAUUUGUUUCUGCGAGUACUGUUGAUGGAGCAGGAAAUAUAUUGCCGCUAGCAUAUGGAAUUAUUGAUUCGGAAAAUGAUGCAUCCUGGACUUGA